CACCACAACAUGUAUACAUACAGUCUAAUGUAUGUAUAUUUACCCUCUCCAUUUCUGGGCUUUCACCAGUGAAGAAAACAAGGAAUGCUAAGAGAGCGAGUAGAGUAGAGAGAGAGAGAGACGGUGCCAUUUUUGGUUGCCAUGAGUAUAUGAAAUUGAAUGUAGAGAGCUUGAAUUAUCAGUUUUUCUAGCAUUGAAAUACUAUGGGGAAGUCUCCUGGAAGAUGGAUCAAGACUGUACUGUUCGGGAAGAAGCAUUCUAAAUCUAAUCUAUCCAAAAAUGUUACAUCUGAUAAAAAGGCUCCUGCAAAGACACCAGCAGAGGAUCUGGGUGAGAAUUCCCCUGUCAUAUCAGAUCCUUGUCAGGUUACUGAUAAAGGUCCGGAGAAUGUGGAACUUGAGAAGGGCACAUCUGGCGUUCUAUCCAGCACUGUUGCUUCUUUACCUGUGAAUCAAGAUUUGGAAUCACAUAGUAAUUUUGUUCCAGUGCAAGUCAGUGAUGCUGAGAUGCUGAGACAAGGACAAGCUGCCAGAAAAGCACAAGCAGCAUUUAGGGGCUACUUGGCUCGUCGGGCUUUUCGGGCUCUCAAGGGUAUCAUAAGGCUCCAAGCUCUUAUUCGUGGACAUUUGGUUAGGAGACAGGCUGUUGCCACUUUGCGUUGCAUGCAGGCAGUUGUUAAGAUCCAGGCGCUGGCUCGUGGAAGAAGAGUUAGACUCUCAGAUAGCAUGCACGAAGGCCAUAAAAAGUAUAAUGUGGGAAAGCUUCAGGAUGCUGAACAGGUGGAUCUUGGAGCAAACUCAAUUGUUGGGUCAGAGAAGCUAGCAACAAAUGCUUAUGUCCAUAAGCUUGUUCUGUCAUUGCCAACUGCAAUGCCCCUGAGUCUUCAAUAUGAUCUGGCUGAACCCAAUUCAGCUUGGAACUGGCUUGAGCGCUGGUCAUUAUCUUGCUUCUGGGAACCACCUGCACGCCCAAGAAAAGUUUUGAAUGUGAAGCCUCAGAAGAAGCAGAAUGGCUCACAAAUUGUGGAGAAUGAUGCUGGAAAGUCAAAAAGAACUAUCAGAAAGGCUUCAAGUUCAGCAAAUGGUGAUAAUGGUGCUUUAGGUUCUUUGGAAAUGGAUAAGCCCAAGCGGAAUCCAAGGAAGGUCACAAGUCAUCAAACAGAGUCAGUGCAAGACCUGCCCCAAAAUGAACUUGAGAGGGUCAAACGGAAUCUGAGAAAAGUUUCUGCCUCUGCAACGGCGGCGGCUUCUAAAAAGUCAGAAAUGGAACCUGAAAAGCCACAGCCACAGACGAAUGGGAAAACAAUGUUGAAUUCCACAGCACCUGAAGUUUCUGGGCCAGGAAAGAUAAUUUCCACUGAAAAGCCUGCUGAUUCCGAUGUUGUAGUUGAUAAACUGGCUUUGCUUGAAGCUCCUCAAGAAACAAUGACAACGGUUGAGCCAGUUGAUGUGCUACAUGAUGAUCAUCCUCUUGUUGAGACUCGUUCCUUGGAAAAUGGUGACAAGAUGGAAAGUAAUCAGUUUUUGCACGAGGAACUGAGCUCUAAGGAAGAUGAGAGUGGCAAGGAAAAUCAGAAAAUCAGGAAGAGGAGAUCUCUUCCGGCAAAACAGGAGUAUACUGAAAAUAUUUCACAGAACACCGCAAGCCUGCCAAGUUAUAUGGCAGCCACUGAGUCUGCUAAGGCAAAGCUUAGAGCUCAGGGAUCUUCUAAAUUUAGUGAAGAUGGGGCAGAACAUGGUUAUGUUCGCCGUCACUCGCUCCCAGCCUCGACCAAUGGCAAAUUGAGUUCAUUGUCACCCAGAAUACAGAAGCCAGUGCAAGCUAAUGGCAAGGGAGGCGGCAAAACUAACAGAUCGAUGUCGUCCUCGAGAGAUGAUAAAGUACUCCAGCCGGGUUGGAGGAGGUGAGAAUGCGGCUUUCUUCUUAAAACCAGAAAUCUUGGGAUUGCUCAACCAUGUAGCUGCAGAGUUUCGUGUUGUUCUUGUGCAGGGUUUAUGUAAGAGGUGAAAGUGGACUUUGAGAAACCAUAGUUGUUUGAUAUUAUUAAAUAUAACCUUGUCUUCCCCUACUACUGUCAGUUUACCGAGGAAUGUAUAGUCAUAGAUUCAGAGUCUCUGUUGACAAUCUAAAAAUCAUUUGUGUGCUUUUACAGUUUCAUCUUACUGUCAUGAUCAACAAUGUAAAACUGGCCAUGCUUAAUGUGUACCCCUGUUUGGAAGUUA